UUAUCUCAGCAAUUGAUCCGCUUCUAUAAAAAAGCAGGGAUGGCAGACUCGGAGUGGAAACUUUUCUGUAGCACUGAUCCUUCAAACUAUCAACUGUCUUUUUUGUUCAUAUAGUUCACCAUCAAGUCUUCAGUUCGUCAUGGGAGUUGCCUACAGUGUUGGAGAGGCUGAACACCUCUUCACCCUCUUUGUGGAAUGGUCACCAGAAAUCAACACUAAAGUCAAAGAGACACGUAGCCAGCCUCGCUACCUCGUCAGAGAGAAACAUCAGAAAAGAUAUCUGAUAGUGGACAAAGGUGUCGCUCUGAUCAACAAGCUGCUCAGCAAACCAGUCAGAAAGACUAAAACUGAUGAAAACUUGGAGAUUGUCACAGUGAAGGGCUCCAAGCGUCGCCUUAGUCUGUGCAGCUCAGUGGAGUCUGAACCAGAGGAGCAGGAGUACCAGGAGGUCAAUGAUGUUCUCCCUGUCCUGAGCAGCCAGAGCCAGCUGUUAGAUGAUCACCACCUACAGAGACUUGCUGGUCACAUGCCAGCAAGGACCCAGGGCUAUCCGUGGCAUCUGGUCUACAGCACAGCCAUCCAUGGGAGCAGCUUGAAGACACUCUACAGGAAUAUGUCUGGUCUGGACAGUCCUGUGCUGCUGGUCAUCAAAGACAUGCACAAAAAGGUGUUUGGAGCUUUUUCAUCUGAUCCAUUCAGAGUCAGUAAAUACUGCUACGGCACUGGAGAGACCUUCCUCUUCAGCUUCAACCCCGACCUCCAGCUUUACAGGUGGAGUGGGGACAACUCCUACUUUGUGAGCGGCAACCUACAGUCUCUGGAGUUUGGUGGAGGAGGGGACGGCUUUGGCCUGUGGCUGGAUGCUGAUUUGUAUCAUGGUGCAAGCUUUUCCUGCCCUACCUUUCACAACGCACCUCUUUCUACACAUGAAGAUUUUAUCGUGCACGACGUUGAAGUCUGGACUGUGCAGAAAUGACUGAAAAUGCUUGAAAAAAGCAAAAAUAAAACAAAGCUUUCAUGAAUGGAUUUACAAGCUUUCAAGACUUCAUGGAAGAUAUGUGGUUCAGCCACUGCUUUUCCCUGAGACAGCAGUCACCAUCAUCUGUACAGCGGGGUCAGAUUAGCCCACGCUCAGUAUGAAGUCUACUGGACUGGCUCUCAGACCAGGUCUUUCUACUUGGUUUAACUUAAUCUGUAAAGGACGAGUAGAGACUUGAAAACCUGGAUCCAGGUUCCUGCUGAGUUGAAAUACCACCUGU